AUGUGGUACAUUACACGGGCGGAAUAUCGGAAUGUAACGUACGACGAAACGAAUAAGGCAACAUUUGAAUGGAGAAAGAAGCAUCAGUGCGUUGAUCAUGUGCUGACCGCAGGUGUUGGAGAGCGUAAUGCCUUUGCUCUAGUAAGACCUCCAGGACAUCAUGCUGGUGUUGCUGAACCGAGCGGUUUUUGUAUAUUCAACAACGUCGCAUUGGCAGCCCAGUACGCCAUCGAUAAAUACGGUUUGAGCCGCGUGCUCAUCUUUGACUGGGAUGUUCAUCAUGGGAACGGAACUCAGGAAAUUUUCUGGGAGGAUAAUCGCGUCUUGUAUAUGUCGAUUCAUCGACAUGACGAUGGGAUGUUUUAUCCAAUGGGUGAACCUAAGGAUUACGUGAACGUUGGAGAAGGCGACGGUCGAGGUUACUCCGUAAAUAUACCGUGGAAUGCUGUUAAGAUUGGUGAUGACGCUUAUCGGGCAGCAUUUUCUAAGAUAAUUAUGCCGAUAGCGUAUGAUUUCUCUCCGGACUUGGUUCUUAUCUCAGCAGGAUUUGACGCCGCUGUAGGAGAUCCACUUGGUGAAUGCAGUGUGAACGCUGAUACUUACGCUUUAAUGACCUAUCAUUUGAUGAGCCUAGCUGGCGGCCGCCUCAUCGCUGUGCUCGAAGGAGGAUAUAAUCUGAACUCAAUCGCUGAAUGCGCAAGUGCUGUAUGUGAAACAAUGAUUGAAGGAUCACUUAGAAAAUCCUACAGAUCUGCAUCGGAAUGCACGCCAUAUAAAAAACGACUUCAGAGCAAGGUAUGGGACAGCAUCCGAGGAGCGGCCGCCACUCACGAGCCGUACUGGAAUUGUCUAAAAGGAUUUCAAAAGUGUAUCGAGCAGAAGACCCCCGCAGAGACGUCGAAGCAGAAGACGCCUCAACGUGAUCCAGUUGAUCGUGAACCUGUCAUUCUCACAUCUCAAGGAAGCAGCUCAGAGCCGUGCGACAAUGCCGAAGGCCUUCAUGCGGUCGUUCCUCUGCCAACGUGUCCUCAUCUGGAUCAGACAAGAGAGUUACCCAGUACUGGAAUCGAUGUGAAAUCUGUCUGUAACACGUGCCAAACUCCAGCUGAAAUAUGGGUGUGCCUUACGUGCUACAAGACACAUUGCGGACGUUAUGUGUCCGAACACGCUCUCAUGCAUUACCUUGCCGAACCCGAUCAUGCUAUGGUGCUUUCGCUUGCGGACCUGUCCCAAAAUCCUCUGCUCAUCUGGUUCCCUGUUCAAUUCCCUCCAUAUCCAUGCAUCGCAUUCACAGGCCAGAUUGACUUGUACUUGACAUAUACGGACAGUACUGGCAAAGAGGAAGACGCGGUUGUGCACGUAUUGCCAACGUCCACCGUGAACGAAGAUCUGAGUUCCUGUAAUAAAGUAUUGUACGUGGGGAAUCAGCCUAUUCUGAGUCAAGUGCUGCACAUCAAUCUUGACCAUUAUCCUGGAUGGAAUAUUCGAUUCGCUUUCACAAAGGAUGACCGCUUGAAAGUGCAUAAUCAGUUCGUACUGUAUCAAGUCAAUGUCACUGCGGAUUAUCCUGCAACAAAAACGACCAUUAAAAAUGCCCCAGAUACUGUGUAUAAUUACGUACAACCAGUUGAUCUCACGAACCUUCCGGACAUUUCCAACGCCGUAUUCGCUCACCUCAAUACCUCCUAUGCUUGCACUUCAGAGCAGAAAUUUUGGAUUAACAAGGACUCAAAACAAGGUCCUUUAGCUUCAUUCAAGCUCACGUACUUGCAAGUGGAAGCAUUCAAGCUCUCAAUUCCAGUAACGAAUAAAUUCGAUCCAGCCGAGACAUGUCCCCGUGACCAACACGCUACAGAUAUGGUUCCUGUGAUUGUUGGGAGUUGCCUGGCUGGACUUAUUGUUAUUACUCUUGUCACAUAUUUAAUAUACCGAUGUCAGCUUUCCCGUGAAGAGCUGGAGCUAACCAGUGAGCACUCUGAGCCACACACUGAUGGAGCAGCUGGAGAACAUCGAAUAAUCCACGAAAACAAGCAUCAUUUGUAA